AUGCGGAAACUAGCAGGAACUAGCUGGGGAGCAAAUGAGACAAUCCUCAAGAGAGUAUAUCAAGGAACUGUACGGCCGCAUCUUGAAUACGGUUCAUCAGCCUGGUCAACCACUGCAAAGACCAACCAGCAAGCUUUAGACAAGGUUCAAAACCAAGCUCUGCGAAUCAUAACUGGAUCCAUGAAGUCUACACCCAUUAAAGACAUGGAAAAAACUGCAGCAAUACAACCCCUUGGUGAGAGGAGAGAUGCCAAGAUCAUGAUCCAGGCAGAGAAAUUCAGGUACCUGCCCAAUCAUCCAAUGAAACAAAGAAUGGAUGGUCUGACAAAGAAUCGUCUCAAACGUAGCAGUUUCAUCCACCAAAGCAGAAGACUUACUAGAGAACACCAAGCUAACCCGUUACCAAAGACACUUCCAUUUUGCCCAACAGAUCUUCCACAACCAUGGAAUGAUGAACAAGCCAAUCUACAGAUCAGCAUGUCUGUCCCACAAUUAGCUUCAGCACACUCCCAAAACGACCUGGUCAAACGGUCACUGGCAAUGGCUAUGAUCAGUGACCGGUACCCAGAAGAAUCUUGGAUCCAUGCAUACACUGAUGGUUCGUCAACAAAUGCUGUGGCCAAUGGAGGGGCAGGCAUAUUUAUCAAGCUCCCUUCAAGAAAUACCCUAACUGCAAAAGUACCAACCGGCACCCACAGUUCCAACUACAAUGCAGAAACCCAUGCACUUAUUCAGGCUGCUACAAUGAUCAAGGAUGCAAAAGAAGACUGUCAACAAGUUGUCUUCCUCACAGAUGCUCUCUCAGUCCUACAAGCCUUGCAAGGGGAAAACUUCCUCACCUGA